CGUUCAUUCGCCAGGCGUUUGUUGGGCUCAUCGUAACAUUCGCACGUUGACUGGGCCCACCUACAACAAAGUCGCGAACUUUUUUGUGAAUCUAGUGAACACCUAUUUAAGGAAUUGCGUGCGCGAAUUGUUCGUAGACUCUUGGACUUCUUAUGUGGAUUAGCAACGCGUAAAUUUUGUGCCAUUUUUCUGCGUGUGCUUCAUUCUGACAUCGCAUGUGUUGUGAACACAGCACGCACUAUUUAUUGCCUUCCAAAACUUGGAAAUCAUAAAUUAAUUGUGUAUAAUAAUAAACAAUACGACUGUGAUAAGUGAUAACUGUUUGUUACUAUUUUGUGACUGUUAAAUAUAAUGAAUAUCGAGUUUUUAAAGUAAAUUUAAAAGUAAAGAUAAACUUUUACUUAGUUGCUGUUGUGUACGAGGCUGAAAUUCAAGUAAAAAUCAAAAUCCAAAAUGGUCCAAAUACAAACACGUGCGAUCCUUUGGGUGUUAAUUUUGACGGCAUGUCUGGUGUCGUACAUGUUACGUGUAAAUAUGUCCAUAAAUCUCAUUGCAAUGAUUGAACCAAGUUCAUCAGCGGAUUUUGAAUUUGAUGAAAAUGGCACAUCUACAAUAUCUUUGGAAGACAUUACACCGCGGCAGGUGCAAUCUGAAUGUUUGGCUAUAAACGAUCCAAACGGAAAUGGUUCUGAGACCCAUGAACGAUUGACAGCUUUACCAGAUUACGGCCCAAGACAUGAGUGGAGCCCAAACGUUCAAGGACUUAUUUUGGGAUCAUUCUUCUGGGGAUACAUGGUAUCUUCAAUGCCAGGCGGUCUUUUAGCUGAAAUCAUUGGUCCUACUAGAAUAGUUGGUAUAUCCGCGUUGUUAUCAGCUGUUUUAACUCUCCUGACACCUUUGGCUGCUUCCUGGCAUUUUGGCUAUGUAAUUACCAUUCGUAUAUUACUUGGCGUGCUUGGGGGUGUAGUGUAUCCAGCAUUACAUUGUCUCAUUGCCCGUUGGGCACCUCCAGUAGAAAAAGGCAAAUUCAUCGGGGCAUUAAUGGGAGGAACCCUGGGAACUGUCAUAACCUGGCCACUCUUGGGCGCCAUUACUGAAAAAUGGGGUUGGACUUGGGCCUUUUUUGUUCCUGGAGGUAUUGUGUUAUUAUGGUGUUUGCUGUGGUUCUACUUUGUCUCCGAUACUCCUGAUUCUCACCCUCGCAUCAGCGAAAAAGAAAAAUUCUACAUCAUCAAAAGUCUUGGCGAUGCAGGCAGUGCACCUUCAAAAGGCAUUCCACCUUACAGGCAAAUAUUUACUUCAAUCCCCUUCUGGGCGUUGACAUUCCUGCACUUUGGAAAUUGUUGGGGCUUGUAUUUGUUACUAACGGCGGGUCCUAAAUUUAUGUCGGAAGUGCUGGGUUUCAAUUUGGGACACUCUGGUAUUUUGGCGUCGUUGCCAUACUUGGCUAGAAUGAUAUUUGGAUUUAUUUUUGGGACCAUCGGGGAUUAUAUACGAAAAGCAAAUUGGAUGUCCGUUACACAAAUUAGAAAAUCUUUCAUUAUUUUUUCACAUGUUAUUCCCGGUUGUUUUCUUAUUGCUCAAACGCUCAUCGGCUGUGACCAAACACUGGCUGUAGUAUUUCUAACAUUAGCCCUUGGUAUGAAUGGUGCAUCAACAGUUACAAAUCUGCAAAAUGCUCAAGACUUAUCCAGUAGUUAUGCUGGAACCGUGUAUGGAAUUGUUAAUUGUAUCGGUGGGACAACGGGUUUUAUCACGCCGUUGCUGACGGGAUUUAUUACCGAAAAACGCAAUGGAUUAUUUGAAUGGCAUAUCAUUUUCUGGAUUGGUGCCUCUGUCUAUAUUGUGUGCGGAUUGCUGUUUUGUUUGAUUGGAAGUGGUGAACCUCAGCAUUGGAAUGAUGACUCAGUGUCCGCAGAAGAGAAACCAGAAGGAAACACAAACGGUAUCACUCAUCAAGGAAUCGCCAACGCAGCAUAUGUGGGUGAUGGGUAUACUGAAGAACGCACCAAAGUCUAAUUUAUAUUUUAAGUUAAUUUCAUUUAUUAUUCAUGAAUAUGUUUUUAUUUUUACUAUAAUAUUUAAUGUAUACACAUAGGGCCAGUAUUAUCUAUUGAUUGAUACCACAUUUUUACAAAAACCACAAAAAAUAAAUUUAAAAAAGUCUUCAGUA